CGUCAUGUAUCUGCACCAUAUAUAUGUCCAUGGUGUUUACUAACGGCGGCUAAACGAGUCGUUGGACAAAUAAACUUGUUGUCACGUUAAGUUAAAGCAACACAACGAGGAGAAUCGAGACAAAGCACGGAUGGCGGAUCCUGCGGUGGCUUCGGGAGGUCCUCUGAACUCAGGCGGGCGUGGGAGUGGUACUAAAGCAGCUUCCAGCCCAGCAGAGAACUACCACCUGGCCCGUCGUCGCACCCUGCAGGUCGUUGUCAGUGCCCUGCUGACUGAGAGUGGCUUUGAGAGUGCAGAGAAGGCAGCAGUGGAAACGCUCACUGAGAUGAUGCAGAGCUAUAUCACUGAAAUUGGUCGAUGUGCCAAAGCAUAUUGUGAACACACAGCCAGGAGCAUUCCAACUCUGCCAGAUGCAGUCGUGACGCUCAUUGAAAUGGGUUUCAAUGUGGACACCCUGCCUGUAUAUGCCAAAAGAUCACAAAGGAUGGUCAUCACGGCCCCUCCAGUAACGAAUGCGCCUGGGACUGCCAAAGCGUUGUCAGCUGGACAGAAGCGCACACAUCCACCUCACAUCCCCAGCCACUUCCCAGAGUUUCCUGACCCUCACACCUACAUCAAAACACCUACAUUCAGAGAGCCUGUGUCAGAGUACCAGGUGGUGAGAGAAAAGGCAGCGACUCAGAGGAGAGAUGUGGAGCGAGCCCUCACACGCUUCAUGGCCAAGACCGGAGAAACUCAGAGCCUCUUUAAAGACGACAUCACUGCCUUUCCUUUGAUCGCAGCCCGGCCAAGUGCCAUCCCAUAUCUCAGCGCCCUUCUACCCUCAGAGCUGGAACUGCAGACACUGGAGGAGACGGACUCGUCUGAGCAGGACGACCAGACCGACAGCGAGAACACAGUAGGAAACAUCAUCGCGGAUGAUCCAGGAGCUGAUAAAGAGAACUCCAUGCUUCCUCCCAGCGGCGUUGUUCCAUCAGCCAAGGCCAAUGAGGACAACGUGAUCGACAACCCAUACCUCCGGCCGGUGAAGAAACCCAAAGUGAGGAGGAAGAAAUGAAUCAGGGCCGUCCUGAACCACCAGACUCAUAUUUGCCCCAGUGGUUGGUGCUUUCAGCAGUCUAGUCGUUGAUUCCCUCCACAGAGAGGAGCAGCUCUGUGUUGGAACUGCUUUGUGAGCCGGGACUAGCGGCUGCCAUUUCUCAAUCGAAGGACCAGUACUGCUGCUGACUCUGACGUACAGACUGACUUGUGUUGAAGAUAAGUUUUGUUAACAGUCACUUUUUCAGUAAGCACUCGUCUUGUUUAAAAUAUUUGUUGUUUUGAAAGUCCUCUGACUGUGUAACCUGACAUGAAUCCAGUCAUGUUGUGAAUAAAGAAAGAUCCGUUUCUUUUUUAACUCUGA